AUGACGCAGUGCGCGCGCUGCGGCAGCGAGCAAUAUUGGACGACGAGCCGAUUGGUGUCCCUCCAUGGCGACCAGCGAUGGAUUGAGGUCGAGGCUGCUAGCAACGUGAGUUUCUGUCGAUGUGCUCCCGGCUGGUACCUCGACAGCGGCCGCUGCCACCCAUGCUCCGAAGGAGCUAGGUGUCCCGGCUCAAACGAGCUGGAGCUUGUGUCAGGCUACUACUCCAGCGAAGAGGAUCCUGGGGCUGUAUUCAAGUGCUACGGGGACGCCAGUCGAUGUCCCGGUGGACGCCCCGGAACGUGUGCCUUUGGCAGGGAUGCACUCAGUGUAGCCUGUGCCGCGUGCUUACCCGGCUUAAGGCCGAGUGGAGCAACGUGUGCUCCGUGUACUGGCGGAGACUAUUUUCUGAUCGCCAUUGUCGGCCUCCUCGUCUUCGGUGGUACCGGCCUCAAACAUUUUUUGGUGCUGCAGCAGGACCAGAGCCUCAUCAAGAGGCAGAACGGACUCUUGAGUGCGAGUCUCUUUGCAACUCAGCUGGUGGUGUGCUUGCAACUCGUGAUCGUCAUACAGAAGAUCGACAUCACUUGGGAUGAGCCCUUCCUCAUGCUCAUGAAGAUGUUCAGCUUCCUCUCUGCGGAUGUGAUCUUCGAAUCACUGAGUGCCAUCUCCUGUGUGACGCGCCUGACCUCGACCUUGCAAUUCUUGAUGCAAAUCGUGGUCGUCCCUGCAUCUUUCAUGGCAGCGCCGAUGGUACUUCAUCUGGCUGUCGUUCUGAUCUGGAGACGCAGAAGCUGGGAGCUUCAUCUCUUGUUUGAAACGCUGGGAUCUCUCUUCGUGCUCUUCUUCAUCGCCCUUUGCACAGCCGUAGUUGAGCCAUUCCAGUGCCAAAUUCACCCGAACGGUUUGUUGACGAUGCAUUCUAGUAGAGGUACUCUAUGCAACUUCGAAGGGAGUCAUUUUGAAAUGUGCCUCCUUGGUGGGUUUCUUGGCUGUCUGCCUAUCAGCUUCCUGGCCUUCUGUUCAUGGGUCAUCUUCGUGGAGUUCCCAAAGCGGCUACGCAAAGCAGAUGUGCAGUUCAUCCGUGCUUCUUCCUUCCUGGUCCUACGUUUCCGACCUGGCUGUGAAGGAUUUUCCAUCUUCUUCCUGUUGCGCAACGCACUCUUUGCGCUGGCACCGAUUCUGCCAGCGGCCAACGGAAGCCUGCUAACAAUUCAAUGUCUGCUGUGCCUGAGCCUGAUACUCUGCGCAUACUUCAAGCCAUGGCGCUCAAUUCCGGCAUCGUGCACGGACAUUUGCGUCAACGCCGUGUUCUUGAUCAUCGUCUUCCAAGGAAGCUUCUUCGUGACCGGCGUGGACCAGUACUACUCGAUGUUAAUCUGCGCACUAUGUCUCGCCGCUAUGCUCGUCACCCUUGCGAGUUUGUCCAUCUUUGCCAUAGGCAGACAUCUAUUGAUGAUGCGCGGCAAGAAGUUCCAUUUCUUCCUAUCGCAUCACAAGCAGGCGGCCGGCAACCUCGCGCGCUUGCUGAAACUGGAGCUUCAGCAGCGCGGCUUCGCCGUCUUCCUCGACACGGACGACCUCACCGACUUGACACAGCUCUUCGUCACUUUGAACCGCAAUGUGGAAGCACUUCUGGUCCUCGCGACUACGCAGGUGCUGACUCGAAAAUGGUGUGUCGCGGAGAUUGUGACCGCAAGGCUUGGUGGCUUAGACACCACCUUGGUGAUGCUGCCGCACUUCUACCUUCCAUCCAUGGAUUUCAUCGAUGCUUACGAGGGGACAGUGCCUGACAUCGCUGAGCUCGCCACCUACGGCUUCGGCAUCGCGGACAUCACCGAUACCUUGAGAUGGUUGAGGACGGUGAAGAGUGUGAGUUUGAGCUCGAAGCUUCCAGGGGAGGAGCUGUUUGAAGUUCUCAAACAGUUGACCGGAGGUAAGCACGCAAGGCGGCUUUCCCAGUGUGCCUCUCGCGACUUCGAUUCCGAUUGUCUGAUCCUUGCAAACCUUGAGGAUACAGAGGCCAUUGCAUCAGCGCACGUCUUGCGCCACUUGAUCUCCCAGCAUAUCUUCGUCACCACCAACAUGUUCCCAAAGGUGCUGUGCUCCGCUGAUAGAAUCAACAGUCGACGAGAGCUUGGCUCAACAAAGCCGCUGUUCCUGAUCUUAGUCUGCACGACGGACUGCCUGACCACCCCCUGCGUGGCCGAGUGGUUGCUACAAGCCUACCGCGCGUCCUCGUCGUGUCACGUACUUCCGGUCAUUGCCACCGAAGGCUUCACGGUACCUCAAUCCUCAGAUGCCUUUGAUGAGAUUGCCCAAGAUCCAUCUGUGCAGAAGUUGCCUGGCAUCGAGAUGUACACCAGCACCCUCAAGGCCAUCUUCAUGCAGAUUGCCAUGCAUUUCCUGCCUCAGUCGCUUGGAUUGCCCAAGAUAGGCCCCGAAGCGUACAACAAUGAAACAAUUGCACAAACCCGAACCCUAAACCCAAAACCCCCAACCACAAAGCCCAAACCCCUAAACCCCAAACCACAAAGCCCAAACCCCUAA